AAAAAAUUUUGCCUGCCUAGCUCAACUAACUCGCCCCGGUUUGAGUUUUCCCGCGAGAACUUCCCGCGGCUUCGGACACAACAACGCUGCCGGGGCUCUCUCUCGAGUCUUUGGCAGCAGAAUCGGAUAAAAGGAGAGGUCGAGAAGAGAGAAUGGAUCAGAGCGUGCGGCUACUGCUCGGGCGGAUUCAGUCACAGCUCGGCGCCGUUCUAAAAGACUCGGGUCGCGAUAUUUCUGCUCCACGAGAGAGCUGGGCUCUAAACUCAAGGUCUCCGGAUCACCAAAAGUUGGACGAAUCGGGGAUAUCGUCAGAAGAAGGCUACAUUCCCCGACAGGUGUACUCCCAGUUGACUGCCAUUGUUUCCCUCGUUAGAGACCUACAGACAACGUUGGACCUCAGUAAUACUGGGACAGACAGUUGCAGUAAGACCUUGUCUGAGAGUGGUGGAGAGGGAAGAGGAGAUUUUGCCUGCGAAGAAGCGGAGAAUGAGAGGAUGCUUGAAUGGUACGAUAGACCGAUGGUCUACUCACGUUCCUCUGCCCAGCUACUCCCGGCCGGCUGCACGCCCAACCUUGAGGUAGUGGUUUUGAAAGACACACGUAUGUCCCGUAGAGCAGAGGUCGUGGUAAAGCCACCGAGCGAGCAAGGCCCCGCAGGCGAUCGCAUGCGCACUCGUCCCGUCUUACCUCGUGGGAAGUUUGGGACUAUAAACUAUCUUGAGAGUUUUUCCUCGUCGUCGUCCGAUUUGUCUUCGAGUAGCGAAGAUGAUAGGGACACUAGUGGUUCCAGGACAAGAGGAGAGAGGAGAAAGAAGCGAAUUAGUCGCAGGGGGAUGGAGCAGAAGAAGAAAAAGGUUCCAAGAGCAAGGCACGCAAGCGACUCAAAGAUUGGCGGUGGAAAUUUUCUAAUUGCGGACUUUGUUGUAUCGUCAACUGAUGUGGGGGGGACGAGGGGAGGGAGUGCGGUUGAAGGUGACUGGGGUGCCGGGGUGGUUCAGAUGGAGUGUGAGAUUGGUGAGGAAGAGCAGGGGCCACCCCUUUCUCCCCUCCUGUCAUCUUCCCUUGCACUCAGUACAAACUCUCCCUCUUCCACAAAGGUAAACGCAGUUUAUGGAGAUCUCAGCAGGGCUUUUUUGCUGGAGAAUGCCAGUGGGCUAAGCUCGAGUCGAAAGACAGACUUUUCUCACAGUGGACAAGCAAUUAUGGCUCUCGCCAGGAGGGGAGAGAGUAUGGUUAACCCCAAGAAAAUCACGAAGCCUUGCUCUGUACCCAUAACCAGUCUUCCACGUCACACUGUCAUGCGGUAUUUCUCUGCUGUCAGUGUUAAGGAACCAUCGUCCACCAGUGUUGAGAGUUUGGGCUCAAAUGAAGACUUGCACCGUGGUAAGCAACUGACAUCUCCAAAUACAUUGUCAAAAGAAGAGAGGGAGGAUAGUGUGUCGACGUCGGGCGAAAGCUUCUCGAGCUCCGAGUCAGACAGCAUGCUGGGUCCUAUCAAGACACCAGCCAGGCGUGGUCUCAAGAGUAGGUCUGGAGAAAGAGGAGUCAGCGGUGGCUAUAACUCAGUGGCUCAGCGAACUCCUCGCAGGCUGGGUUCCGGGGGGAGGUCCCCUGUCGCACGACGCUCGUUCCCAUUUUCAAAACCUCCGUCUACACCCUCACUACCUUUCCCUUCUCCCACACGGAGUAUGGCCAAACCAGCACACUCCACCACACCUUAUAAGCUCCCCAAACUCAAAUCCGUCUCACCUUCAAAACGCCGUCUAUCCCUCACCAAGUCACCUUCACCUUCAAAAAACUCAUUCAAGUCCCCCUCGCCUUCAAAUCUCUCUCCCACCUCUUCCAAAUCAGUCACACCUACACAGAACCCCUCAUCUCCCUCCUCGCCUCCCUUGUCUUUCAACUUCUCCUCUCCCUCUCCUUCAGAAUCCCCAUCUUCCCCACCACCCGAUCCCCUCCCUGCUCCCAGUAAAUCUCCCGUGACUCCUACUACCUCAUCCAACACCGUCCACGCUACUCCGUCUAAGCCAAGUAAGACAGGUGGUAGCAACACUACCAAGAAAUCUUCCCCACCCAAUACCAAGUCGACACCGUCGAAGUCGCGAAAGACUCAUUCUAACUCUAAGUCAUCCAGGAGGAAAGACAGCCGUAGCACAGCUCUCGAUCAGACUCUGGCUGUCGACUGGAGUACGGAUGAUGAUUUCCAGGCUGAUCCGUCUCCGUCUUUUGUUAUCAGUCCGACUGCAAGCAACCAGAAGGUUACUAGCUCCCUCCCGGCGUCCGUCAAGACGGAAUCGAGCUGUGACUUGUCGCCCGUGAAAUCCACGCCACUUCUGGCAACCAUGCCGCCUUCUCCGCAGUCUUCCAGCCAAGUCCUCCGUCGAUCUCAUUCUCCCAUCAACGACGAGGCUUUAACGACAGGAGCAGCAGUGGAUGAGGAGGAGGGGGGAGAGGAGGAGGUGCCGGUGAAUAAGAAACGGAAGGGAUCUCCGAAGGAGGGUCCACCUGCUGUGAAGGCCCCUGCUCACAGUCUGUCUGGGAACAUUGCCGAAUCUGGUAUAGAUGAGGGUGGUAGUGGUCUGCCUGUGGCGAUCAGCUGUGCCGGCUGCAGUCGACCCAUCCACUGGAAGACUGAGCUAAUCCACAGACACAAGAGACUCAAUGUCCUCAUCUGCCAGUACAUGCUCACUGCCUCACCCCUCCAGGCAUGCUGGAACGUGUACAACACCGGGUCCUUUGAGAUGAACGAGGGGAAAGAGAUCUACUGCACGCUCUGUGGAGACGGCGGUGACAUCAUCAGCUGCGACCGAGCCUCCUGCACGUCCAGUCUGUGUCAGAGUUGCAUCAGACGCAUCGCCGGCGAGCAGGUCCUCCAGCGAAUUCUGGAGGACGAGAGCAUCGUAUGGGAGUGUUUCUGUUGCAAUACGAGUCCCCUGGUACACUAUCGGAGCCUCUGUGACCGACUGUGUCAGUACUACGCAAGGGACAAGCAGAGGGAAAAGUCAGGUGUUGUGAAAGGGAAGGCACGGCUGUUUGGCGAUGCUGACAGUGAUUGUGUCGCUAGGGGUGAGUCAAGUGGCGUGAAAGUAAAGGAGGUGAAGGGAGAGAUGGUGGGGAGGGGAGGAGAAGGUGUGAGUGGGGAAAGCAGUGGCGAGAGGAGAAGUCACAGCGGAGGAAGGGAGGAGAGGAGAGGGAGGGAGGGAGAAGGCGAUAAGGGUGAUAAAGGAAGCGGGGAGCAACCGGGGACCAGGGGGGAAGGGGGAGGCGGAGGGGACCGGAAGAAACCAAACAAGAAGAGACGAGAGGUUGAAACCAGCGAGAGCGAUGUGGACAGCUCGUCAUGCGACGGAGAAGAUUCUCCCAAAGUCGACACAGACGACGUGUCGAUCUCAGACUCUAGCCUCUUUGAAGGAGAUGUCAGCUCACUGAAGAGAGUUGGAGGAGCCAGCAGUAAAUACAGUACUCUCUCCACUGGCAGUAAAUCAUCAGCAAAACCAGUGGGAGAGAAGAAUAGAGCUGUGCCGGGAUCACCAGAAUCUGCUAGCAAUCGGGAGAAACGGGCGAAAAGGAAGAAAAAAGGGAGAGUGACCCUUGGUGCGUCUGCUCACAGAAUGGUGUUUAGCAGUGACAGCGAUAGCGAUUUCGAGUCUCCGGUAAAGAAAACAAGUCCACAGCGACGACGUGUCGCUUCUUCGUCCAGCUCUGCCUCAAACGAAAGCAGGAAGGAGGGAGAGACGAGAGAGAAAAGGCCGAAAAAGAACGUCCUUCUCGACGUUUUGUCAUCGGGGAGCGAGGAGAACGAAUCUCCGCAGAAAGAGAGCGUGAAACAGCCACCGAGUGACUCUAGGAAUGAUUCAGACAGCGAGGCUCCCAGCCCCGCCCUCUCUCUUCUCUCCGAUGAACCCGAGAGUCCCGUCGUGUACGCAACUCCGAGGAAACUUCACGCGGCUCUGUCGUCCGAUUCCGACGACGACAUGAUGGUCUUGGAACGUAGACCGAAAAGGGGCCACGUCCUGGGCUCAGACACCAGCAGUGGGAACGGAGGAGACAAACGAAGCACUACUACUAAGAGUGAUAGCCCGGGAGGAGAGAAAGCUGCGAAAAAGAAGAAACUUCAGCGGGGGAAGAGGAGAAAGAGAGUUGAUUCAUCCGGGGAGGAAUUUGUGAGAGGAGAGAUGGUGGUGAGGGGACCAAAGUUGAAGAGGCGGCGUGUCGCGAGGGCUAUCAUGUCGGAUUCGGACUCCAGCGACAGUUCGGGAGGGGAGGAGGAGGAGGAGGACGAGGAGGAGAAGAGUACUCCUGGACGCAAGAGGAAGAAGAUUCGGCGGGUGAUGACGGACGCAAAGCUGCAGAGCUCGACGAAGGAGGCUCAGCGGGCGGAGAGAGAGAGGAUUGAGAGGCUCAAGAAGAGGCGGUUGCUGGGGAAGGAGAAAGAUGAACUGAUACUUGAAGCAGAUCCCGUGUCUAAGAAGGCAGUGCUCCAGGUGAGGCAGAGUCUGGUGGAGUCCAUCAAGCCUCACCAGUGGGAGGGCAUCCGGUUCCUCUAUGACGCCUGUGUGGAGAAACUGGAGACGUUCAGGGAGGGAAGGACACAGGCCGGGGGAGCCAUCCUCGCCCACUGCAUGGGCCUCGGGAAAUCACUUCAGGUGAUAGCACUCAUCGAUGCUCUCCUGAUGCACCAGGACAGUGGAGUCAGCAGAGUCCUCAUCCUCAGUCCAGUCAACACCAUCUACAACUGGAGGAACGAGUUCAACAGAUGGAUUGAUCCCAUCGACUGCGACUAUCAUGUAUACAUGCUGGUGGACACGUCGGUAGAGGCGAGGGUCAGGAAGCUAGAGAGAUGGUUCACUGGGGGAGGGAUAAUCUUCAUCGGCUACGAACUCUACCGGAACCUUGUCAUGGGCAAGAGGCUGAGAAAGAAGAAAAAGGAGGCCUUUGAGAAGUACCUCCUUGACCCAGGUCCUGACAUCAUAGUCUGUGACGAGGGACACGUGAUGAGAAAUGCCUCCUCCAACCUCUUCACCGUCCUACAGAGGGUCAGGACACGGACUAGAAUAGUCCUCACUGGUACCCCGCUCCAAAACAACCUCGUCGAAUACCACACCAUGGUUAGUUUCGUGAAGCCGAAUCUCCUCGGGACGCUGAAAGAGUUCAAGAAUCGAUUCGCCAACCCCAUCACCAACGGCCAGUGCCGAGACUCCACCCCCAUGGACGUCAGAGUCAUGAAGAACAGAGCUCACAUUCUGCACGAGAUGCUGAGUGGAACUGUCCAGGUGUGGAACCAUCCAUGGGUGCUGAAGUUGGACGAGGACAGGAAGUUUGAGAGAGAGGAGAGGAGGAGGUUGUACGAAGAGAGCGAAGACGACAGUCUCGAUGGGUUCAUCGUGACCGGGAGUGAGGAGGAGGAGGAGGAGGAGAGGGGGAGGAAGAGUAAAAACAAGGAGAGUAAAGUUGAAUCUGUUGGUCGUGCUUCGUCUAGUAGCAGUAGUCCUGUGUGUUCCGUCACCCCCGGCCCCUCGCGUGCCACUCUCUCACCAGAAACCAACCAAAACCUACCAACAUCUACCACAAUGUUGGGUAGUAGUGAUGAAGACGAUGUCACAUUCCCAGCCAUCAGCCUCAAACCAGACCCAGAUGCCCCUCCCCCUCCCAAACCAGACCCAGAUGCUCCUCCCCCUCCCAAACCAGACCCAGAUGCCCCUCCCCCUCCCAAACGAGUCACUCGCUCCACAAAACCACCCUCCGAGGAGGGAGACCGCGGCAACGUCAUCUCCCCGACCGACGACAAACCCUCCCUUCGUUCCUCUUCCCCUCUGCAGUGGUACGACGACCUUUUGACCCCCGACUGCGAGGCGAGCGCGGGAGUCAGUGGGAAGAUUCAAUUUCUGCUCGAGCUGCUGGAAGAGACUGGGAAACUGAAAGAGAAAGUACUGGUAUUCACGCAGAGUCUGCUGACGUUGGACAUGAUAGAGGAGGUGCUGGGGCGGCCAGAGAACGGCGAGUGGACUCCGGGAUUGGACUACUACCGUCUGGACGGAUCCACUCGCUCCGAAAUGAGGACUCACCAAAUGUCCCACUUCAAUGAAUUUGACAACGAGCAGCUGAGGCUCUACCUCAUCUCUACGCGGGCCGGCUCUCUAGGGGUUAAUCUUGUGGCGGCCAAUCGGGUCAUCAUAUUCGAUGCCUGCUGGAAUCCCUCCCACGACCUGCAGGCUGUGUUCAGGAGCUACCGUUUCGGCCAAACAAAGCCCAUCUUUGUUUACCGCCUCCUUGCAAAGGGGACCAUGGAGGAGAAGAUAUACGACAGACAGGUGACGAAGGAGAGUCUGGCGAUGAGGGUGGUGGAUGAGAAACAGAUCGGCCGUCACUACAACGCGUCCGACCUCGCCGCACUCUUCAUGUACUCCCCGGCUCCGCCAGCCCCUCCCCCUGACCAGAGACCUACCUAUGACAGACCCGAGGCCGACAUGGUUCUGAGUUCGAUCCUGGGCCGCCUACAACCGGACUGGAUUAGCAGCUACCACGAACACGACUCCCUCCUGAAACAUGUGUUCAGCGAAGAACUGAGCGAGGAAGAACGCAAGGCCGCCUGGGACGACUACCGCGCACAGAUCGCUCAAUACGACAACGCCACGUACUACAGUGCCCUCCAGAACCAAUUAGACACUGCUACGGCAGGGGGCGCCUCUCUGCAACAAGCAGUCGGUCAAUCGAGCUUCCCGAGUGCAUCGGGGGUAAAGAACGAAGGGGGUAUUUUGAAUCACGCACUUCAGCAGCAACAACAUCAACACCAGCUACAGGCCGCACAGUUACUCACCAUCCUCUCCAAUACAAACAGGAACGUGGAGAACCUGAUUUCUCUACUGCGUGAAAAGGUCUCACUCGGUGCACACGUGCGACGCGACGUCCCCAUACCGACAGCCCUCGCGGUAAAGAUGGCUCUGAACAACAAGAAAAUCACCGAGCACUACGCUCUAGUUGACCAGGGAGUCACGAGGGUGAACUCGACACUCCACAAGUGUCAUCUCGGCCAGAUUUACCUCGAGCCCGGGAUAAACAAACAAGCAAACGAACUACGUGCAAGACUCAUAUCGAACCUGGAAAUAUUGAAAUCAGGUUCCAAGAACCCUCAUCAGGGUCUUGCCGCCGUCCCUCAUCAGCCACAUGUGGGGGGAGGAGCUGGACCGAGCAGUACCAGUGGUGCUGUUGUCACCGGCAGACAGUUGGAUCAGCGGAUACUACAGCAUGUGAGGCAGAUGCAGGCAGAUGUUCAUAGGAAGCUGGGAUUCCAUACCUCCUUACCUAUACCGCGUAUCAGCUAUUAUCUUUCGACCGACACACACAUGGGAGGUUGUCUGUGCGGACGCCGAAAAGACGGGCGAAUUCUGCUCCUCGGGCUGGACGGAGUCGGCAAGACAAGCAUCUUGCGGAGGCUAAAGUCAGGACUAAAGGAAGAUUGGGAACCGCCAGGCCAGACGGUAGGCUUCAAUCUGGAGACCAUACCCUACAAGAAAAGAAACUACUGCAUCUGGGAUGUGUCGGGAAAGGACAAGGCCAGACCUCUUUGGAACAGAUAUUUCAGUGACACAAUAGCACUGAUCUGGGUGGUGGACAGCAGCGAUCACAGGAGAUUCCAGCUCUGCAAACAAGAGCUGCACAGAGUGGCUCGCGACCCUGAGCUCAGCAAGGCAGCGGUAUUGGUCUACGUCAACAAACAGGACCUUCGAGAUGUUUGUGUCUUCUCCUCUAAUACAACCCAGUGUGUGCUGGCUGCUGGAGACGUAUGUCCGACCGGGUUCUACGCUAACGGGACGGUGGAAGAAACUGCUGACUGCGUCCCGUGCAACGCCUGCGAGGCGGGGGAAGGGGCGGCCGAGCCUUGCGGGAACCACAGCGACACUGUCUGCGAGCCUUGCGCCGAGGGACACUUCUCUAAACUCACGUCCAGCGGGAGAGAGUGCGCGGAAUGCCGCUUCUGCACUCCGGGACGGAUGGAAGCCGCUCCGUGCACGCCGGCGCGGGACAGGGUUUGCGGGAGCUGCAGCGGCGGAUUUUUUCUGUUCGUGGACCACACCGGCAGCGAGUGUCUGCCGUGCUCCGUGUGCCCCGCGGACGGAGAGGUGGUGCGCUGGGCAGACUGUGCGGCCGCGGGAGAGCCGGAAGAUAACAGAUGCGCUCCAGGUGUAUGGACAGGUAAACCCAGCACAACAACAGCAACACAGCCGGCUGUCAAGCCAACAGGGACAGUUGGAACUCAUAAAACAAAACUUCCAACCAACCACGGGACGUUUGCGACAAUGAAUAACUACGAUACUAUUGAGAAAAUCGACCCUCUGGAUCGCAGCACCGAGCGAACUAUUGCGAUUGUGUCUGUGUUGUUCACGGUGGCCACAGCCCUUGCAUUUCUCCUGGCACUGACAUGCCUGUUUAGAGAGAAGAUUCACAGAAUCUGCAGAAGAGCUUCCGCCAAGAAAAAGAUUCUGAGCUCUCAACACAGAUACUUCAAGAAAACUCGUAAUUUCCACUACCCUGUACAAGUACAGGAUGACUCAGCAACUGUUGAGGUCACAUAUGCCAGCUCAAUUACCUAAUCUUACCAUUAUUAAAAACCACUAUCAAUCUGCUAACUCAUAAGAACCUGAACCUACUCACGUCAUUGUAGCGUACUGUUGUUACUGUUGUUACUUAUGCAUAGCGAUAGUCCUGGAUGGCACUUCAAUAAAUGUAGCCAAACAGCAGCACAAGGAAAAGAAGAAAGAUCCUAAGCUUUUCGUCCUAUUGUAUAUAAGGUGCACACAUCGUGCCUGGAUUACUCCUAGUCUUCACGUCUCUGCCUCCUCUUGCGCCUGGGAUGAAAAAUUAACACACCGUUAAUUCUGCUAUUGCACUAGUGCUCACAAACUCACGGUUUCCCUCCUUUACUUUCCUGAAAUAGACAUGAAAACAAAGGUUAAUCAAGGUACAGCAAAACCCCUCUCUAAGGACACCCAUGAAAAUUAUGAAGACACCUCGCUAAUAUGGACACAUUAUUAUUGUGGCUCGAUUGGAGGGGUUCCACUAUUAUAGUCGGUGAGAAAGACUGAGGCACCUUGGCAGAAGGGGCAGGCGUC